AUGGGAGCAAUGUUAGUUGUUAGAGUGCUUCGUGUUCUGAAAAUGGCUCGAGUGUUCAAGCUGGCUCGGUAUAGCAGUAGUCUGCAGACAUUUGGGCAAACGCUCAAAUCGUCGAUUACCGAGUUGAGCAUGUUGAGUAUGUUUCUACUCACGGGUAUUGUAUUCUUCUCCACUAUUAUGUACUAUUUGGAAAAGGACGAACCUCACUCAGACUUCUAUUCAAUACCAGCUGCUUGCUGGUGGUGUGUUGUUACAAUGGCAACUGUCGGUUAUGGAGAUGCUAAACCCGUCACUGUGUGU